GUCUCCAAGGACGCGCGCCUCCAACUUCCGGCCGCGAGAGGCGUGCCCAGGACCCUGACUCGGGAAUCCAGCUCCGCGCGGCCCCACCAGACCCGGACUCGGAGCCGCGGGCGCCUGGAGAUGAGCUGCGAUGACUCCUCCCUUAUGGCUGGGAUCAUUUACUAUAGCCAAGAACAGUACUUCCACCAUGUGCAGCAGGCCGCGGCCUUGGGCCUGGAAAAAUUCAGCAAUGACCCUGUCCUACAGUUCUUUAAAACCUACGGGAUCCUCAGGGAAGAGCACAUCCAGGAUGCCAUCAGCAACCUGGAGAGCAUCCGGAAUCAUCCAGACGUGUCCCUGUGCUCCACCAUGGCCCUCAUUUAUGCUCACAAGUGCUCUGAAGCCAUUGACAGAGAAGCCAUUCAGGAGCUUGAGAGCAGCCUGAAGGAAAUCCGCAAGACAGCCGGCGCAACGGCGCUCUACUAUGGCGGCCUCUUCCUCUGGCUCGUGGGCCACCAUGACAAGGCCAAGGAGUACAUCAACCGCACCCUGAAGAUCUCCAGCAGCUCCAGAGAGAGCUAUGUGCUCCGAGGCUGGGUGGACCUCACCUCAGACAAGCCCCAUACCGUGAAGAAAUCCAUCAAGUACCUGGAACAAGGAAUGCAGGACAGCAAAGAUGUGCUGGGGCUGAUGGGAAAGGCAACCUACUUCAUGUUGCAGCAGAACUACUCGGGGGCGCUGGAGGUGGUGAACCAGAUCACCGUCACCUCAGGGAGCUUCCUGCCUGCCCUGGUCCUAAAGAUGCGGCUAUCCUUGGCUCGGCAGGACUGGGAGCAGACGGUCGAAAUAGGCCACAGAAUCCUAGAAAAAGAUGAAUAUAAUAUCGAUGCCCGCCAAAUCCUAGCUGUGCAUGAGCUUGCAAGAGAAGGCAACAUGACCACAGCUACCAGUCAUGUUAGAAAUCUGAUUAAGGCACUGGAGACAAGAGAGCCUCAAAAUCCAAGCCUCCAUUUAAAAAAAAUUCUUGUGAUUAGCAGGCUGUGUGGGAGGCACCAGGAGAUUCUACGGCUGGUGUGCAGCUUCAUCGAGCACACAUUCAUGGCCACACCCUCCUAUGCCCAUGUGGCCACAGAGCUGGGCUAUCUCUUCAUCCUGCAGGACCAAGUGAGGGAGGCAUCUCUGUGGUACUCGGAGGCCAUGAAAUUGGACGAGAGCAGUGUGGCUGCCUUGACAGGGAUCAUCUGGUGCCAGAUCCUGGACGGUCACCUGGAGGAGGCUGAGCACCAGCUGGAAUUCCUGAAGGAGGUGCAGCAGUCCCUCGGAAAGUCUGAGGUGCUGGUUUUCCUCCAGGCCCUUCUGGCAUCCCGGAAGCACACGGGGGAGCAGGAAGCCACUGCCCUCCUGAAGGAGGCUGCAGAGCUACACUUCUCCAGCAUGCAGGGCCUCCCCCUGGGCUCCGAGUACUUCGAAAAACUGGACCCCCUCUUCCUGGUCUGCAUCGCCAAGGAGUACUUGUUCUUCUGCCCCAAGCAGCCCCGGUCGCCAGGCCAGAUGGUGUCUCCACUUCUUAAACAAGUUGCCGUGAUCCUGAAUCCUGUAGUCAAAGCAGCGCCAGCUCUGAUCGACCCCCUGUAUGUGAUGGCUCAGGUCAAGUACCUCUCAGGAGAGUUAGAGAAUGCCCAGAGCACUCUGCAGCGCUGCCUGGAGCUGGACCCCACCUCCGUGGAUGCCCACCUCCUCAUGUCCCACAUCUACCUGGCACAGGGCAAUUUUGCCAAGUGUUCUCACUGCUUAGAGCUGGGCGUCAGCCACAACUUCCAGGUCCGAGACCACCCCCUCUACCGCUACAUCAAGGCCAGGGCCCUCAACAAGUCUGGGGACUAUGCAGAAGCCAUAAAGACACUGAAAACGAUCAUAAAAUUACCAACUCAGAAGAUGGAAGAAGGCAAGAAGUUCCGUGGGCCUUCUGUACAGCCCAGCGAGCGGGUGUCCAUCCUACUGGAAUUGGCAGAUGCCCUCCGGAUGAAUGGGGAGCUGCAUGAGGCCACCAAGGUCAUGCAGGAUGCCAUCAACGAGUUCAGUGGCACACCAGAGGAGAUCCGCAUCACCAUCGCCAAUGUGGACUUGACCCUGAGCAAGGGGAACGUGGACAUGGCACUGAGCAUGCUGAGGAACAUCACGCCCAAGCAGCCCUGCUACAUGGAAGCCAAGGAAAAGAUGGGCAACAUCUACCUGCAGACCCGCAAAGACACCCGCCUCUACAUCGGCUGCUACCGGGAGCUCUGCGAACACCUGCCUGGUCCCCACACCAGCCUGCUACUGGGUGAUGCUUUCAUGAACAUUCAGGAGCCCGAAAAGGCCCUGGAGGUAUAUGAGGAGGCCUAUAGAAAGAACCCACACGAUGCAUCCCUGGUCAGCAGGAUCGGGCAAGCCUAUGUGAAGACUCACCAGUACACCAAGGCAAUUAAUUAUUAUGAGGCUGCGCAGAAGAUCAGCGGACAGGACUUUCUGUGCUGUGAUCUGGCUGAGCUGCUCCUGAAGUUGAAGAAAUUCAAUAAGGCGGAGAAAGUUCUGAAACAAGCACUGGAACAUGACUUUGUCAAAGACAUCCCGACCAUGAUGAACGAUGUCAAGUGCUUGCUUUUGCUGGCAAAGGUUUAUAAGAGUCAUAAAAAGGAAGAUGUGGUGGGAACUUUGAAUGAGGCCAUGGACCUCCAGUCUCGGAUACUGAAGCGUGUUCCACUGGAGCAACCAGAAAUGACCCCCGCCCAGAAGCAACUGGCAGCCUCCAUCUGUGUCCAGUUUGGGGAGCACUACUUGGCAGAGAAGGAGUUUGCCAAGGCAGUGCGGUCUUAUAAGGAUGCCCUCUUCUACUCGCCUGUCGACAAUAAGGUGGUGCUGAAGCUGGCGCAGCUCUACCUCCUGCAGGGGCAGUUGGACUUGUGCGAGCAGCACUGUACCAUCCUCCUGCAGUCCAAGCAGAACCACGAGACCGCCACAGUGAUGAUGGCUGACCUGAUGUUUAGAAAACAGAAAUGCGAAGCCGCUGUCGAUCUCUACCGCCAAGUCCUGGAGAAAGCGCCAGACAAUUUUUUGGUAUUGAAUAAACUAAUUGAUCUGCUAUGGAGAAGUGGCAGACUUGAAGAUGCCCCUGCCUUCUUUGAAUUGACCAAGAAGAUGUCCAGCCGCAUUCCUUUGGAGCCAGGGUUCAACUACUGCAGAGGCAUCUACAGCUGGCACAUAGGGCAACCCAACGAAGCACUGAAGUUUCUAAACAAAGCGCGCAAGGACAGCACUUGGGGCCAGAGUGCCACCUACUACAUGGUGCAGAUCUGUCUGAACCCAGACAACGAGAUCGUGGGCGGAGAGGUUUUUGAGAACCUGGUGGCUGAGAGCAAGAAGGACUCGGAGCAGCACGGUGUGCGCACCGCGGAGAAGCUGCUGCGUGAGUUUUACCCGCACUCGGCCUGGGGCCAGACCCAGCUGCGGCUCCUGCAGAGCCUCUGCCUGCUGGCCACCCGAGAGAAGGCCAACGUGGAGGCGGCGCUGGGCACCUUCAUCGAGAUGGCGCAGGCAGAGAAGGACAGCGUCCCCGCCCUGCUGGCCACGGCGCAGGCCUACGCGCUGCUGAAGCAGGUCCCCAAGGCGCGCACGCAGCUGAAGCGUCUGGCCAAGGCCCCGUGGGCGCUGGGCGAGGCAGAGGACCUGGAGAAGAGCUGGCUCCUACUGGCUGACCUUUACUGCCAGGGCGGCAAGUUCGACCUGGCCACCGAGCUGCUGCGGCGCUGCGUGCAAUACAACAAGUCCUGCUGCAAGGCCUAUGAGUACAUGGGCUUCAUCAUGGAGAAGGAGCAGUCCUACAAAGACGCAGCCACCAACUACGAGCUGGCCUGGAAAUACAGUCAUCAUGCCAACCCUGCCAUUGGCUUCAAACUCGCUUUCAACUACUUGAAGGACAAGAGAUUUGUGGAGGCCAUUGAAGUCUGCCACCAUACCUCCAGAGCUCAAGAAGCAACUACUCCUCCCUGCCCUACCGGCCACACCAUCCUGCCCGGCUGGGACACAGACAGGAGGACCAGCUCAGGGGGUCCCAGAGCUGAGGCUCUGUGUGAGGGAGGCCAUCAUCCUGCAGCUUGUGAGCGCCCUUGGCUCACUCUGUCCGUACAUUCUGUCUCCCCAAGUCCUCCGCUGGUCUCUGCUGGUCCUCACUGGUUUGGGACAAACCUGAUUACCCGUGCCUGGUACAGGGAAAUACAGCCCAAGAAAAUACAGUUCCCACUUCACAUUUUCUAAAAGACACUGACCAACAAAUUUAUCCUCCAGAAACCCUUUUCACACCUCGGGGGACACAAGCAGUGGGCCCUCUUUAGAUGAAUUAUGUUACUUGUAAUGGGCAAGAGGGUGACAGAGGUCACUUUUGCUCCAGCUCCCAACACCUCUCUUCUUCUUUUUCAUGACGGCAGUAAUGGGCCAGUCUGGCUUAGAGGGAGGAACUCUGAACUGGGAGUCAGGAGUGUGACCUUCCCAAGACCAUCCGCUCUUUGGAUCUCAGUGUCCCCGUCUGUGGCAGGAAAUUAGACUAGAUGUGCGUGUUCCCAAACCAUGAUACAAAUCCCUGCCAGUGAUAUACAGCAAACAUUUUACAGUUUAAUAACUAUGUGUUUAAAUAUCAUUGUUACGUAACAGAGAAAAAUAACUAGCAUGAUGAACUCAUGAAUUCACGAGUGCUGUUAACUCAGAAUGGUUCUAACUUCUAAGCAUAUCGAUGUAAUUGAUGUAAAGCAAAAUACUUAGUAUGCGUAGAAUGCAGCUAUGGCAAAAUUUUCAAGAGAAGUUGUCCAGUGACGAAAGUUUGGGAACCGAACAGGUAGGGGUUGCUUUUAGAACACACAAAAUUGUCCUUAGUGGUGGCUGAGCCUUGUUUUUAUAACAUCCUGCUGAUCACAUGCAUGGCCUCUUGAUCUGAGUCAGUGACCUGGAAUGCUUUCCCCAGGUUACUACCCUUCCUAUGGGAAACCAGUUCCCUUUCCUAGCAUCUGCUUUACAAUCUGGUUUCUUGGGGCGGGUCAUUGAGAGACAGUUUGUCUGUAUGGAGAAUGAUGCUGUAAAGGAUUGUACAUUAAUCACAUUUUUAUUGCUGUUAAAACCUAAAUUGUCUAUAUUUAUCUUAAAAAAAAAAAAAAAGCCCAGGAAGUGAUCCUGUUGCCCUAGACGGGGAGUGGGCAGGUUCAGUCCAGCCAUGGGCUGUGUCCAUGGUUUAGGAGCCUGUGGGGGCUUCCAGCCAGGGAACUGGAGCGGCCAGGAGCUGCCAUCCAGAUCCCCAGGCUAAUCAGAGCAGGGCCUCAGAGCCCUUGGAGAGGCCCAGAUUUUGAAUCACACAUGCUGAAGCAAUCUCUGCAAGAGGGUUCCCGGGAACCCUCAGGGGGAAGACAGAACAACGAAAUGUACCAGGAUACUCCACCCUGACAAGCCUAAGGCCUGGCUGUCCCUGGCUAAGUUGGUUACAGGGACAGGCUGCCCACCAUAGGCCAGGCUCCAAGCUAUGGAUCCUCUCCCGGCCACUGACGAUGUGGCCACGUGGCCAUGUCCAGAGAUAAGAGACAGAUACCCAAAGAGUGACAGAACUUGCAAACAAGAGAGAAUAGAACAUAGAAAUAGAGGCAGAAAUAUAAAAACAAAAUGGAAGUCACAAACGAGGCUUGCAUGUCCCGGGCACUCUCCUAAGUGCUGUAUAUAUGCGAACUGAAUGAGCUUAUGAGGCGAGCGGUGUGAUUAGUUGCACAGUAUUGAGGACACCAAGACCCCGUGGUAGUAGAGGGGACAUGAUCUACCUAAGCCACCUUGCCAGGUAGUAGAAGAGCUGGGAUUUGAACCUGGCACUCUGGGUCCGUGCUCUCACCCAAUAAGCCACAGAGAUGAAAUAAGGAGAGCCCAGCACAGAUGAGAAGGCAGAGAAUUAGAGCCAGAUCUGGUCUCCUUGUUUGGUCCUCCCUUCCAGCCCUUCGUAUAAAUCAUUCCUAAGGGGGAGGUCAACCUUGCUCCUCAGGCCCUAGUCUGGGAGUCCCCAGGGCAGGGUGCGGCCUGCUCCUCGGCCUGCUCCUCAUCCCGCAGCCGGGCUGCUGGGGACCCGUCAGACGGGUCUGGCUGGUGCGGAUGGUUGAAGUCCUGCAGCUUCCGGUGCUCAAGUCCCCAGGGGCCUCAGCAGCUCAGCCCCACACAAGGCCUCUGCUGGCCACAUCCCACUGCCUGCCCCUAACUGGGGGGGAGAGGAGGGGACUUCGCCCUCAGGGCCAGGCCCCACCUAGCUCAGUGUACCAGUGGGAAACAGCCCGAGCGAGCGGAUAGCCAGGUCUCAGAAGACUGCCCUGCUGCUGCGCACCACCACCCCAGGAGACCACUGGAGAGAGAUGGGUUCCUGAAAAGGGAAAACUGCUCUACCUGCCUGGCAACCUCCCAGCUGGCUUCCUAUCUCCAAGGUGACAGGCCUGCAUGGAAAG